AUGAACAAUAAACCCAAUGAGGAAAACCUCAUGGUGCGGAAGCACACCGCUCGCUCUGCUGCAGCACAGUGCAGUCGUCCCUUGCAGCCGCCACCGCCACCGUUGCUGGUUGGAUGCAUGGAAGUGCUGUACAUGAAGUAUCUCUAUCCCUACGAGUGCGAGAAGAAGAACCUGAGCACUCCGGCCGAACUGCAGGCCGCCAUCGAUGGGAAUCGGCGCGAGGGACGACGAUCCAGCUAUGGACAGUUUGAUUCGCCAUCAGUUCAACGAUCGCCCAUUCCGCAGGGCAUCCAGCAGAUGUCGCCCCUGUCGCUGGUUACCCACGUCAAUCAGCAGCAGCACCACCGGCUCCUGGGGGCACCGAACGUCGGCCAGAUCCCGAACAUUCUGCCGCCCGAGUUCGAGCAGCGCAUGCUCGACUACAUCAAACUGUUCCAGCCGAAGGAGAUGAAACGCGAGCAAAGUCCGGAACAGCAGAUGACCCCGCGGGAUGCCCUCAACGCGUUGGAAAUGUCCCGCGUUGCGCUGUGGAACAUGUACAACAACAACACGAGUCCGCCGAACUCGCUCAAUACCAGCCCGCCGGAGAUGCAGAGGGAAGCGCUGAACCUGGCCGAAUCGCCACCGCAUCACAUGUCGAUCAAGCGCGAGCGCGACCAUCCCAUGGACUUCACUUCGGAUCGUUCCUCGUCCCGCGACUACAACAGCGGUGUUCCACCGGCCAAGCGCAGCAACAAUAACACAAUCGCGGCCGUGGCCGCUGUUGCCCAGCUCCAACAACAGCAGCAACAACAACAACAGCAACACCCACAACUGCACGGACGCUCUCUCACUCCACAGAAGCUUAAUCUGUCCUCGCAAGAUGAAGACGAUGCCCACUCGGAUGGAACACCGGUCAACCUGCGCGGCGAAAACGGCCUCCGUCACCACGAGGAUGACAUCCCCGACGAGGAGGAAGAAGAGGAAGACGAGGAUAUGUCCAUGACUGAGGAUACCCACCAUCCGUUGGCACUAAACCGAAUCACCGAGCAUGCAGCGGCACUGGCCGCGGCCCAACGUGAACGCGAACAAGCCCAGGUCAAUCACUUGGCCAGUCUGAAUCUGAGUUUACUGGAGCGGGAACGAUGCGAGAGUGCGGACAAACUGAAGCGCCAGCAGCAGUUACAACUGGAGCAACUCCAGCGGGAACAGCUGCUUCACCAUCAACAGCAGCAGCAGCAGGUACAACAGCAGUUGCAACGCGAAAGGGAACGCGAACUGCUACAGCGCGAGAGGGAACGAGAACUUCAGAAACAGCAAGAGCAACGACAACAGGAACAGGAACAACAAAGUCGUCAAAACGGGGACCGAUUGAGUGCUGCCGGGUUGGACAAUGGAUGUAGCAACACAAGCAGCCACAGCAACGAACAUCCGAUUCGAGCGGAGUCGGCACAACAGGAUGCAGCAGCGUCCGCGAGCACGGUGACGAACGGAAUCAUGGGCAUGCAGUUCAAGCUGAUCAGUCGAGGUGAUGCCUCCAAAGGCGACCAACAGUUGGUAGUAUCAAUGGAGUUCAACGGUGUCCAGUACGAGGGCGUCCUAUUCGCCAACCCGCCCCCUUCUUCAUCGUCGCCCAACUCUCGCUCCUCAUCGUCGUCGCAGCAUAAAAUGACCACCGCCGGAUCAACAUCCCACCCGAACAACGCCAGCAGUAGUUCCAUCAGCAAUGGCGCCAGCGGGGCUCUCCCAUCACAUCACAUGCUACACCACCAGCUAGCAUCACCCUCGUCCAGCGGCGGCGGCGGUCUCCUGGUCGCGGCCCCCAGCAGCGGUGUUCCCAUGUCGGCGGCAUCUUCACCCGUCGGUAGCACCAGCAGCCACACAUCCCACACCUCGAUUGCAUCUCCCAUCGUUUCGCCGGUCAAAACCGGCGGUAGCUCGUCGAUAGGCGCCGGUGAUGAACCGGUUGGAAGUGGCUCGAUGGGCCUGGCGUCGCUGGUGACGCCCCGGCCACUUGUGUCCUAAGAGUGUGAUUAGUUUUAUUGCGACUCUCUGUUUUUAUUUUAGUUUAGUGGAACGGUUCUCCCUUGUUGGGAGAAUGCUUUUAUAGUUUAAAAACGCGCUUUCUUCCUUUCCUAGUAAAAAGGGAAGAAAGUCGCCCCCAUCUCGCAAUCCUUAUCCUUAUAUUUUGGGCUCUCGAAUGUUGCAUUUUUUCGUUCUUAUCAUUAGGCAAUUGAACAACUUUUUUUAUUACUUAAAUCCUAGUUUAAGCACAUACCCUAAUAGAACCCUGACUUGAUUUUAGUACGAUAAUAACAUAAAAUGAGCAGCAAAAUUUUUGUCAGUGUGUUGAAAGCUUUCAAACUGCGAAUCCAAGCAUGCGCCGCGACGCAUCGGUUAUGAUGCCUGGUUGAAACUGAAGGUGGCAGCACUGCAUCGUGCGGCAUGAAAAGCUCCGUGAGCCUGGUGUGAACCGAUUCACUUUCGGCGAAACGGUAACCGGAAGGCGUCGCAGUACACUGAACGAAAGCAACACUUUUGAACCAAAAAUUAUUUUUAAUUUUUUAAUAUAUUUUUUUUAAUACGAAAAUUGAACAAAAUGUUACAACCGGAAUCGUCAUGCCAGGAAAGUAAGCAGCAAUCUAUCAUUUGGCAGCAGUGUGGUAGCGCAGCAAAGGUGUAAAUGUGAGAAGCUUGUAGGUGGUAGAUGGCUCUGUUAGUUAAUAUAACCCUAUCAGUUUAGACAUAGAUUUUUAACAGCUUGCUUAGAUGGAUAAACGAUGUGAUUAUUUUUCUACACUUGACUAGAUGUAGUAUUCUAAGCAGCUCAGCUAGUGAGAAAGUUACUUUUCUCGUUUCGUUCGUUCAAGUAGCUUGUUUCGUUUUGAUAGGCGCGUAUUGCAGCAAAGUAGAUUCGUAGAGUUGUACAUAGGUUCAUGUGUAAGUUCAAAACCUAAUAAUCCUACUUAAAACGAAUUCAUAAUCUCUCUUAAAAGCAUAAGGUAGAACUCAUGUAUAUCGCAUUAUAACGAGCUGAAGAUCUGUAGGAAUGCUGAAAAUUUGACAUGUCUCAUUCUCACAAAACUGAAAAAUGGGAAACCGAACAAAACUCGCUAAUAUAUGCUGCUACUAGUAUAAAGAUAAAAAAAACGAUACUUAGAUUUAGGCAAAGCACCCCCUUCCGGAUCGAUUGAAGUGCAAAAUUUUAUCUCUUACCUUUUUGUUGUUAGAAAACUCGUUUCCGGAUAGGAAAGGUAUGUUAAUGCUAGAAACCCUACGAAAAAAAAAUCUCUUGCAAUAUAAGUUUAAGGUAAAUUACCCCAGAAAAAAAAAAACAGCAAAACACACAAACACAAAAAUGUUUUAAAAACAAAUACGAAUGAGUAGUUUCAUUAGUGGACAGUAGUAGAAGCUAGGUUUUAGUUGCAAUUCGCUGACUAUAUAUUAUCCAUUGUUUUGUGACUGUAGGUAUUUCCUAUUUUUACUAGAUUUAUACCUUCACAUUUAAAUUAAUAUAUAUUUUACCUUGGCUGAGAGAGAAAAACAAAAUGAACAAUUAUCUAUUUAAAAUGAACAAAACGGCGCCGGCAAUUCGGUGGCGCCCCCCGUAGAAGUUAGAGAGCAGAAAAGACAUCAUCGUCAUCAUGACCACGCGCUUGGAAGCAUCACAAACACAUACCACCCGAAAUCGAAACAGUUUUACACGACUCACAGUUAACGUUGAUGCAUGUAAAUCUUAAUCAAAAUAUGCUAACUUGAAAACCAAAACGUCUGUCACAUAGACCUCCGCCAGUAGCCUGGAGCGAAGAUGAACUGUCAAAAUUUGUGCACGGAAAGUCUUAGAAUUGAAUGUCAAACACAACACAAUGACCAUUGAUAAUGGAUAAUAGAACAAUAUGUUUUAAAAUAAGUCGUUGUUUCUGGGAGACACAUACAUAUUCGUAGAUUCUUAUCACAUCCCUCGUACAGUGCAUGUUUUGUCAUACUAAGUUCCCGUUUGUGUGG